CAUAUUCAUAUUCAUAUCCCUCUUCCUCCUAGAUCCUAAGUUCCCAGAGAGGCGAGGUUCAAGGAGAGAAUAAAGCCAAGAAGAUCACAGGCUUCUAUCUCUCUCUCUCCCUCUAGGGUUUGCAGCUUCCAUUGAUUCUCAUUUUAGCAUUUUCUCGGUACUCUGCCCAAUCUUAUUCAGAGAACUAUAUUUGUUGGAAAAAGAACGCAUUUUGUUGUUUCAGAAGCCUUCUUGGUGGAUAUUGCUAAAUUGGUGGCAGUUUUUUGAUUGAGGAAGAAGAUGGUGUUCUGGAUUUUUGGAUAUGGGUCAUUGGUUUGGAACCCUGGGUUCGAGUACGACGAGAAAAUCAUUGGUUACAUCAAGGAUUACAGGCGCGUUUUCGAUCUUGCUUGCAUUGACCACAGAGGCACGCCUGAGCACCCAGCCAGAACUUGCACCUUGGAACAAAGUGAGGGAGCCAUAUGUUGGGGUGCUGCCUUUUGCGUUCGAGGAGGGCCAGAGAAGGAAAAGAAGGCAAUGGAGUAUUUGGAGCGAAGAGAAUGCGAAUAUGAUCAGAAGUCUUUAAUUGACUUUUUUACGGAAAAAGACUCUGUUAAUCCUGCUUUAACUGGAGUCUUUGUGUUUAUGUCCACUCCAGACAAAGUGAAUAACAAGUACUACCUCGGACCUGCCCCGUUGGAAGAUAUGGCCAAACAAAUUGCUACUGCCUUUGGUCCUUGCGGGAACAACAGAGAAUAUAUUUUCAAAAUGGAGAAAGCCUUGUAUGAUAUUGGCCACGAGGAUGACUACAUUAUAGAACUUGCAAAUGAAGUGAGAAAAGCCCUGGGGAUUGCUGGUUCUGGUAGUCCAAAGGAGAAGAAGCUACUCAGCAGUACACAUAUUCCACUCAAGUCACACUUGUCGCCUGUUAAAGUCUGUCCCUUACCAGAAGCUGUUCCAGUCGUCGCCAUUGAUUCUUAAUGUCUGUGAGUUGCAGAAAUAUUAGGGGGUAAGGGUAUAAGGUGAAGGAGUGAAGCAUUACACAAAGCGGCUUUUUUUUUUUCAACACCCUGAAAAUUUAUUCUUUUUGAGCUAUCAUUAACUUAGAGUAGUUAUAUGAAAAAGAGGGUUAAGAGCUAACUCUACUGAUAACAAUAUGGAUACUGCUGCUACUGCUGCGAAAUUGUUCUUUAAUCUUUAGUAAGACUGAUCCUUGAAAUCUCUCAAGUGUGCUCCCAAAUUGAUUUUAUUGUAAUGUGAAAGUUCAUUAGCUACAUUUCUGUUCCCUUUUUCAAA